AUGAGUGCUUGUGCUGAUUUCGCUGCGUUGAGCUCAGGAGAGCAGGUUCAAGGGUUUGCUAUAAAGAGUGGAAUCGAUGCUUUCACCAGCGUCAAGACCUCGAGCAUCUCUAUGUACGCAAAGUCAGGUAACAUGCCUCUCGCGAGUAAAAUAUUCACCGAGGUCGAACAUCCAGACGUUGCAACGUACUCAGCUAUGAUCUCGUGUCUUGCGCAGCACGGUUUCGCUAGCGACUCCCUAAACCUCUUCGAGACGAUGAAAACCUGCGGGUUCAGACCUAACCAGCAGGCGUUUCUCGCUGUUCUGAUAGCUUGUUGCCACGGAGGAUUAGUCACGCAGGGACUAGACCACUUCCAAACCAUGCGGGACGAGUACAGGAUCAGCCCUAACGAGAAACACUUCACUUGCCUCGUCGAUCUCUUAGGUAGAACGGGGAGGUUAUCAGAGGCUGAGAGUUUGAUUCUGAGCUCUGGGUUUCAAGACCAUCCGGCGAUGUGGAAAGCGCUGCUGAGCUCUUGCAGGGUUUACAAGAACAGCGUGUUGGGGAGACGCGUUGCGGAGAGGUUGAUGGAGCUCGAGCCUGAAGCCUCUGGCUCGUAUGUUUUGCUGCAUAACAUCUACAACGAGUCUGGGGUUAAUUCUUGUGGUGAAGAGGUGAGAGAGCUGAUGAGAGAUCGAGGGGUUAAGAAAGAACCGGCUUUGAGCUGUAUUGUGAUUGGUAAACAAGCUCAUUGGUUUGCGGUUGCUGAUUCUUGUCACCCGUCGAGAGAGAUGAUCUACGCGAUGCUGCAACAGCAGUUGGAUACUAUGAACAGUGUAGACCAUGAGACUCUUGUUUGUUAUGUUACAUGA